UUUUACUAAUUAACCAUCGAGCUAGCUAUUUGAUAGCAACGUUAUCUAGCUAGCGUUAAUUCCCGCCUAGCUAGCUAAAGUAAGUUAACAGUAAUGUUAAUUUAGCCGGUAAAUUACUGUAGCUACUGUAUUGUAGCUAGCAAAGUCUGCGGUUCAUACGAAUUUGUUUAAUCUAGCUAUUAAUACCGUUGUUAGUAACGUAACUAGCUAUAUAUUUUUAUGUUGUCAACUUAAUUGAAAAAAAAAAUGCAAGUUCAUUUGCCAGCUAGCUAAACCAAAGACGAGUGGAAAACAUGAACAACUUCAUUAACGUUAAUUCACCGAACUAUUUAACGGAAUUGCCUAACGUUAGCCAGCCGUCUACACCACAGCCGAGCUUCCAACGUUAGCUAACCAUGGACGGAGACGGCGGUAGUCUGAUGGGGGAGGACGGGAGGAUGGAGAGCCCGAACGAGGCUGCGCUGCUAGCGCUGAUGGAGAGCACGGGAUACAGCAUGGUACAGGAGAAUGGGCAGAGGAAGUUCGGUGGCCCGCCUCCAGGUUGGGAUGGCCCUCCUCCCCCACGAGGGUGUGAGGUGUUUGUAGGUAAGAUCCCUAGGGACAUGUAUGAGGAUGAGUUGGUGCCAGUGUUUGAGAGAGCUGGGAGAAUCUAUGAGUUCAGACUGAUGAUGGAGUUUAGUGGAGAGAACCGGGGCUACGCUUUUGUCAUGUACACUACCAGAGAGGCAGCUCAGAGAUCCAUCCAUCUCCUAGACAACCAUGAGAUCAGACCAGGGAAGUUUAUAGGAGUGUGUGUCAGUCUGGACAACUGUAGAUUGUUCAUAGGGUCCAUACCCAAAGACAAGACGAAGGAGGAAAUAGUAGUGGAGAUGAGGAAGGUAACAGAAGGAGUGGUAGAUGUCAUAGUGUACCCCAGCGCUACAGACAAGACUAAGAACAGAGGGUUUGCCUUCGUUGAGUACGACUCUCACAAAGCAGCAGCCAUGGCACGGAGGAAACUAAUACCAGGUACGUUCCAGCUGUGGGGUCACACUAUCCAAGUGGACUGGGCUGAACCAGAGAAGGAUGUUGACGAGGAGACCAUGCUACGUGUCAGAGUGCUCUACGUCAGAAACCUGAUGAUGACGACUACUGAAGAUACACUGCGACAGGAGUUCUCUAGAUUCAAACCUGGCACUGUGGAGAGAGUCAAGAAAUUGACAGACUAUGCGUUUGUCCAUUUUCACUCCCGUGAGGACGCAGUGACGGCUUUACACCUGAUGAACGGAGCGCUGAUCGACGGAGCCACCAUCGAGGUCACCCUCGCCAAGCCUGUCAGUAAAGAGGGCGGGCGACGGUUCGGUAACCGUGGUUAUGUCGGUAACAGUAACCUCGUGGGUCCCUACGGCGAUGUGUCCUCCACCGGGAGUUUUCUCUUCCAGGGACGUGAGGAUGGAGGCAUGAUGGGAGGAGGAGGAGGAGGGAUGGAGGUAGGGACUCCUCUACGACCUCUCAGCCUGCCACCUCGCCUGGGGAGUCUCUACGUUGGAACAGGAACAGGGGAUGUGGAGAGGUGUGUGUAUCCCAUCUUCGCUGGCUCCAGUCUCUCCCCCGCCAGCCUGCUGUCACUCAAACCAGGUCAGUUUAGUUCAGCAGUGACUCUACUAGAGUACUACUGCCUAAAGAACAGCUGGGCUCUACCUGAGUACUACCUCUACUCCACACCGGGACAAGAGGGCAAGCUAAUGCUCAUAUACAAGGUUGUGAUCUUGUCGACGAGGAGUAGCUUCAUGCCAGACAAGGUGUGUACGGUGUUGGAGGACGCUAAGGAGCUGGCAGCCCAGAAUGCACUCUGGAACCUGGGUUAG